AUGCCUACUGAAGAUAUUCUUGAUAAAGAGCAAAUCGUUAAUAUUGUGUUAGACGAACAGCAGGAAUUAGAAGAAGGUGAUGCAAGCGAUUCUGAUGAGAAACCACCUGAAAUUCCUAUAGUAGAAGGCUUAAACGGGCUAGAAAAAUUUAUUAGUUUUGCUGAACAGCAAGAAAGUUGUGAUUUUAAU